CGUACGUACGCCGCUUUAUCAGUAGAUAAUACGAUACAUCGAAUAUUGGGUUUAGGCGUUUCUACGUUCAGUUCCGUGGUGCACCUGCGUGAAAGAGGAUUCUCGGACACCAAAAUGGCUGCCACACACCUCGACGUUGGUCUACGUUGCAUCAAGUACCUGCUUUGCGCGGUUAACUCCCUUUUCGUGUUGACAGGAAUAAUGAUAAUAUCUGUGGGAACAACAAUUUAUGCUGUCUACGAGGAUUUCUCCCAUUUUUUGGAUCCUAGUUAUUUUUCUCCAGCAACUCUCUUAAUUGUUGUUGGAAUAUUCGUGUUUGUAAUAGCUUUUCUGGGUUGUUGCGGAGCUCUUAGGGAGAGCACCUGCAUGGUUCUUGUGUUUGCAGUGUCACUUUCAGUAGUACUUGUAUUGGAAUUAGCUGCAGCGAUCGCAGCUUAUGCUCUUCAGGACGGAAUAAAAAGUCUCCUUGCUGAUAAAAUUAAUGCUACCAUGCAUCAAUACCCAACUCAUAAUGAAGCUAAGGCUGCCAUUGAUUUCCUACAAUCAAAACUUUAUUGCUGUGGAUACGACGGAUACGAAGAUUGGAAGGAUAUAGGGAUAAAAAUUCCUACAUCUUGUCUACCAAUGGGAGAUACUAACAUAACGUGUACUGAGUAUGAUAGCUUUGCAUGUCAUCCUUACAAACCUGGAUGUAUUAAGCACCUUGCGAUUAUUAUUCAUAGAAGUGCACUGUAUAUUGGUACGGGAGCGAUAGCUAUUGCUCUCAUUCAGUUAACUGGAAUAAUGUUCGCCUGUAUGUUAGGCCGAGCAAUCAGAAGACAAAAAACAGAAAGGGAGAGACGUAGAUGGGAAUUAAGAGAAAGUUUAGUCAAUGGUUAUCAACCAUUGGGAAAGUCAGAUCCUUUUACCACUUUCCCUGUUUACAUGUCCUCUGAACCUCUGAAGAAUUCUUAAAACUUUUUAUUCUUAUUACGCAUUCGCAAUGAAAUAGUUUUAUUUAUAUCAAAAUAUCUUUAUAGUUUUAUUUAUGUCAAAAUAUCUUUCAAAUUUUGGAAGUUCUACUAUAAAAACUGAGAUAUUCCAAAUUAUUAUUUCUUCUCUCUUUUCCUAAGUUCUUUAGAAAUUUUUAAUUACUUUUUUACGUGAAUUCCCAAUAUUAAGAAUUCUAAUUUCAUUUAUAUUGUGAUUGUAUAAAAACAUAGCUGUAUAUAUAUAUAAAGAUUUAAUAUAUUUCCGUAAUAUAUAAUUAAAUGUAUAAAUACAUCGUACAAACUUAACAUUACAUACUUUACUGGAAUAAAUUGUUUUCAAAGUUCAGUCACAUUUCAUUGAAAGACUGAAGCUCUCUUUAGAAGUUCUUCAAUUACUUGAUUAUUUGCUGAGCUAUAUAAAUAUGGAGGAGUUAAUUCACGAUAAGCUAAACAAAUUCGUCUAGAAGUUACAUCUUCUCUUAAAACGCAAUGCUCCCAUUUGUACCUACAAAAACAUACAAAAGAGUUUAGCGUUUAUGUAAAUAAUGCAAUAAAAUUCAUAUUCAU